CAAUUUUCUGACUGAUCUGACAGAUACAGACGGAGUGAAGUGUUCGACGCUGUUCUUCUGAAGUUAAACAACUUUUCUGCAUCAAGUUCAAAACCAGAAUGAAAAUCCUCCAUAUUCUCUUUUUCUGGUUCUGGUCAGAUCCAGCUGGGCUCGUCAAGGCAAAGCACAAUAUUUGGUCUGCAGGUGAAGGAGGAAAUGCUUCACUUAACUGCCACUUAACUUCGACUGGAAGCACAAAGUUCUUCUGUAAGGAAAAAUGUGAGCGAAAUGAAGAUAUCGUCAUUAAAACAGAUGGAAGCACAGCUCAGAGUGGGAGACUCAGCAUUAAUUAUAAAGAUGGAGCUUCAGGAAGACGAAUUGUGUCUGUGACCUUCACACAAAUGAUCAAGUCUGACUCAGGAAUGUACAGGUGUGGUUUGGGAACAUCUUCUGAUCCAGAUUCAUACGCAGACUUUGAGAUCAGAGUUUCAAAUGAUCUGGAUAAAAACGUUGGUUUUUAUCGCACACAAACUGAGGGAAAAGCAAUCACAUUGACAUGUGUCGAUAGUCCAUCUGGAAAGAGAAAGUUCUUUUGUAAGAAUCAGUGUAAGAAUGAAGGGGAGAUCCUCAUUGACACAACUAAUAACAGAGCUAAUAGUGGCAGAUACAGCAUCAAAUACAGAGCAGGAUCUCUGUUUGGACUGUAUGCAACCAUCACACAGCUGACCAAGUCAGACACAGGACGGUACAGCUGUGGUUAUGGAAACCCUCUGUCUCCAGAUUUAUACAACAGUGAUGAUGUUGUUGUCAUUGAUGCUUCAAACCCACCUACCUCCACACCACAAAUAACGACAACAACAACAACCACAACAACAACAACAACAACAAGAACAACAGCACAGAGUCAGAGUUUCACUGCAGGAGUCUCUGCACCUUCAUCAAAUUGUCCUGAGUCCUUCUUUCCUCUGGGUGUUUGCGUGUCAUUGGUUGGUGUUUUGCUGAUGGCUGUUUUCUUCCUGCUCCUCUACAUUUGUAAGACAAGGAGGAACACUGGACUGAAGACAAGUGAAAAUGCAGAUGACAAAAACAUGGAGGUCACAUAUGAGAACUGGACUCCAAUCUCCAAAGCUGAAAAGUCCAGGACAAAAACCUACUCUUCAUCAUUAAACACAGGAGUCUAAAAAUUAAACACUGAUAGAAAAUCGUCUGACACCCUCCAAAUUUUCAGUGUAACUGUGUUUAUGUCUUUCAGCCUGUUCCUGAAACUUAAUCACACUUCAAAUCUGAUGUGGUAGUUUGAUUUAGUAAAUUCUUUAAUUUUUGUAACUAACAGAAGUUGGUUGCUGAUGAUGUUGUGGAUUUAUUUGUUUGGGUGGUCUAAGCUUCACAAAAUCUGGGGUUGUUCCGAGCUCCAAUAGUGAGCUCAGUUUUUGAUGCCAAUGCUGGUUAGCAGAAGAUCUGGCGAAGAGUCGGGUCUACGCUGGUCUUAAAUACAGCCAUGAUAAUGAGCUCCAGGUGGGGCUCCAGGGAGUAGUGAUGUGUCAUGUGCAAAAGGGCUUUGCAGUGAAUCAGAAGAGCCAACUACCAUUGAUUGAGAAUCCGUUCAGUCAGCGAGUGAAACGGUAGACAGCGGUGAGCAGGAGAGUGCGAGUGCAUCACAAAAACACAUAAAUAUGACUGACUCCAGUAAACAAAGCAGCAUCUGACUGCAGUUUAAAGAAGAAGCAGAUACUAACAGAGGAGAAACCAAAUCAGCCCAUCCAAGCUGAGGGAUUUGAGUUUUCUGAAAGUUUUUUGAAUUUCAGCCUGCACUGAGGACAAACUGUUUGGCUGCUGAGUUUGGUUUCUGUUCUGUGGAUUUGUUUGCAGUGUUUUGUUUUUGUGUUAAAUUAAAAUUACAGCAUACAGGGCCGACUGCACACUCAGUCCAAAACAGCAGCCCCUGAAUGAAUGUUCAGCCUUUUAAAGACACAGGUGUGCCCAAUCAGUCGCUGAUUGGCCUGGCAUCCCUCAGAUGGUCCAAUAGACUUUCUCUGCACCACAGGUUGCAACACUCAAAUUUGCUUGGAGAUAGGCUGGCUAGCUUCUUACAAGGCCAGGGGCCGUAACAUGGACAACAGCACCACAUGUGCUGAUACAUUAUUGAAUCAAAUAAAUGUUGAACUAUACUCACUCCAGUAUUAGAGAUAAACAUAAUGUUCUGUAUGUAUAGAUAGUUGGCCUAUGAUAUUGUAAUAGUUUAUUAAUCAAGUAAUUAUUAAUUUGUUAUUUCAUCAUUGUCACAUGGUUUUAUUUCAACACCAAUUUGAAUAACACUUGGAAGAAGAGGGAUGGAGUGUGGCGUCAGUGUUUUGUGCAAAUAAUCCCACAGGAACAGGAGUCCACAGAGAACAGAUAGAGAAGGAGGAGAGCCGGAAAACAAAGGUUGGUGUUGAUUAUUAUAAAAUUAAAUUAGAUUAAAAUAAAUAAAUAAAUAAAACAGAAGUUAUUUUCAGUUCCACUGUAUUUUGUCAA